UAAAGGGUUCCCACCGCGCACGCGCAGUGCUUAACGGCCGGUCAGGAGCCCAACAAUUAGUCCCUUGCCUUCUCAAAGAAAACUCUUAGUUCGAAGAAUGGGUCGUGAGCUCUCUCCUUAACCAAAGACAGUUCCUCUUCGGCGAGAGCAGCUCUCGUUCACUGUCUCCGGCGGAUGCCCGUGCUUAUCGGGAAUGAGGUUCUGGCUGUCGCGCCUAGCGGCGUACCCAGCCUAAGUCACGCUACCUUCGUCACACAAACCGUGAGGAUUUUAGUAGUCCGGAAAGUUCCCCUGUGUAAACUGCUCAUCGCUUACCCGCUCCGGUUCCGGAAUACCGCUGUCGCCACCGUUCCUGUAAUUCUCUCCAACCUUUCGAUGCUUCUACUUCUUCAUGAACAAGACAAGAUGGCGCCCGAUGGGUCUCACCCGGAAGUGAAUAAUAAUAACAUCCGCUUUUCGUCUGAAGUCAUAUUGACUCUCAGCCAGGCUUACGAGCAUGUGAUUUUACCGAAUUGACGAGUCCGCGCCAUUUUUGUUAAGGGCAAACCCAACCCACCUUGAGUUCUGUCUGUAGUUAGACCUUCUUGUCUGUGAAGCCCGCGUCACACCCAACACAUUUUUUAUUUGUGCAGCCAGCACAAAGCCGAGCCUAAUGUUCCGGUACAAUGGGUGCUCUGAAGUUCUAAACUUUAGUAAGGAGACCCUCUAAGAGCAAAUGAGUUCUAAGGAACGGUUCUGCUUUGGGAAGGAUGCUGAAUCGCUCUGUCUCUUUCAGACUACGGAGGGGCCCCCCAGAUCAAAACCUGCCAACUUGGAACUCAUUGUGCCAGGCUGGAGUCUCAAGAGUCUGAGUUCUACAAGCCGGGUGUUUGCUAGGUCUCCUUGUUAACCUCCUAGCGUCGCGCCCCCUUGUGGGAACAUUUACUCAGUUCAGCUUUGCUCAGCUACUCUUAAGAAAAAGUAACUGGGAAACAGAGUUUCCACUAGUCCUUCCUUACCUCAACUACAAGAUGGCCUCCCGAAAGGGGAGGUAAAGGGUGUUUAGCGUGAACAAUGUACAUAUAUCUAAAAUGUCAAUUUUCCAGACUAGGAAUUUAGUUACAAAGGGAGACUAAAAUGCUUAGAAAUACAGUAUUUUUAACCUAAA